UGGUGAUAAGUGGAGUGUUUAUUAUUGAAAUGUUGUUGUGACGGGCGAUGCUUGUGGGAGAGCAGACGCCGGCACCACGGGUGGUGGCCGGCUUGCGGAAACUUCGACCUGAAUUGACGCCAGGACCUAUAACAACGCCAUCAGAUCCUAAUCUUAGGAUAUCAGGUGUUCUCAGACAGUAUUACAAUGACGAUGAUGAGUCAUGGGCGUGGGUGCGUGCGGCGGUGCGCGGAGGCUGCCUACUCGCUUGGCGGGAUGGUACCCUCCCUAGGCGACCAGCAGCCAGGCUACCGCUCAGCCACUUGCACCUCCGUACAUCGAUGACCCUGCCAAAUGCCUUUCAACUGUCACGAUUGCGCGACGAUGCCUCUGUUGCCACGUUCCAGGCUUGUAAUGCGACGGAAUACGCCCGUUGGGUGCGAGCGCUAUGUGUUGAGAUACUUGGACAAACACCUCUGCCACAAGUUCGAUUUUUGGACGUAUUACCAGCUGCCGACACGUGUAGCAAGGGAUCAAAGCAAAUACAGGAAACACCUGGAUGUCCUCCCAGACCGCCUCCUAGAGCGCGACGAAGGCUGCUGACUGCCCCUGAAACCCAGCUUCUUCGGAGAGACCACUCGCCUGCCGCAACGGACGAGGGCAUCGUCGUAGAAGACGACGACUAUGAUUCAUCGUCCGAUCGCAGCCUCGACCUAUCUCUAUCCCUCGACGCUUUGAAGACCAUCGACGUGGUCGACGCACCAGUACGAAAAGCUGAGGUCAUCAAAUGCGACAAUUGUAGUAAAUUGACCGCGAGUCCGCUACAACACCACACAUUACCGCGUGCUAAGACUACCGAGACAGAGCUAGGUCGACAUAGGUAUCUAAAGCGCUGGGAGGGCACUACAGGUGGAGCUGAAAGAGGCAGAUAUGCAAUGGAAGCAGCGCGCAGAAAAACUGCUUCGCUUGAGAAUCGAGCGAGAUCGUGCUCUCCGAAUUCUCACGAAGCAGUGACACAAUAUGUUCCUGUGCGGGAGAGGCGUGCUCUAUUUGAAUCACUCUCACAGAGCGGCGGAAGCUUAGCACGAAGUAGUGAACAAUUAGCACGACCUCUUCCAGUGACGGAGACGACACCGAGGCGCGCAGCGUCGCUACAUGACCUUCAAGCGCCUCCGACGAGAUCAGUGAGUGAUUUACGGCAAUUCUUCGAGGCUGUGGCGAGAGGUGCAGGACAGUGCUCUGGUCUCCAGAGGUAUAGCGCCCCAACGAAUCCAAUUGGUGCCUUCACAUCGCUCACGUGUGCCUGACCAAUAUUUGUAAAUAUUGUAAAUAGAAAAGACUCACAGCGUAGACCGCUGUCUGUCACUAAGUCGUUCGCUUUAAGACUGUUAAAAGUAUUGUUAUAAAGUACCUUAAUAUAAAUGAAAUGUAUUAACUAUUA